UUCUUUCUUAGAUUCUUUAGUGGUUGAGGGUGAGAGGUAUAGCCACCAUGGAAGGAAAUUAAUGAGUGUUCAAUGGGGGGUGAUGUGAGGACUUGGACAAUUGUGAACCACUAGUCCAUUUCACAAGGCACGUGUUUUUCUCUCCAAAAAGAAUCAGCGUUGCUCAAUGACUUAGCUAUCGAUAUCUUUUCAAAAUUCUUGUGUAAGAAAAGUCCAAGGUAAAUUAAGAAGAGUGAAGAACAAGGGUUUGUUUUGUCUGUAUUACUGGCUAGGUUUUCUUCAAUCGUACAUACUACAUACCUAUGGCUUAUCUACUUUUUGUUUCCGACCUUUUACUGUUACCCCUAGUUGUCAACAGAAAAAUGGAGACCAAAACCAAGACCCUAUGUGGUCCUCACCAAUUUCUCUCAUAUCCUAUUUACCCUUCUGGUUUUUACUAUUUAUAUCAAAUGUUUAUGGUCAUGUCUUCCAUAUGUAACUCCUGAGUUUUUUUUUUCUCAGAACUUUCUUCUGGAUCUCUGAGGAAUUUAUGGACGCAAGCAGGUCUGAGGGAAAGAGAGUCUUGAGGUACAGCGAGGAGGAGGAAGAUGAAGAAGAAGAAGAAGAGGAAGAGGCUGAGACGGUUUUUGGAGAUGAUGGAAGGAGGAUUAAGAGAGUAAUGAGAGAUCUCUAUGGAAAGAAAGGGUCGAAAGCUGGAGGCUCAAUGCCACCUUCUUGUCAGGUGGAUAACUGUGAUGCUGAUCUAAGUGAAGCUAAGCAGUAUCACAGAAGACACAAGGUUUGUGAGUACCAUGCCAAGGCUCAUUCCGUACACAUGGCAGGGCUGCAACAAAGGUUUUGCCAACAAUGUAGCAGAUUCCAUGAACUGUCUGAAUUUGAUGAAUCGAAAAGGAGUUGUAGAACACGGUUGGUUGGUCAUAACGAGAGGCGACGCAAAAAUGCAGUUGACUAUCGUGGAGAUUAAUUUCUUCUUUUUGAACGAUGAACAUUAAUAAACCUUGAGGCAAGCAUGUGAUUGAAAUAAAAUUUCCCGUUGAGAUCUUGAAACUCAAAUCAUUCUUGCUGGCCUCUAAACAUGCUCUCUAUCUUCUGUCAAUAUUUUCAUAU